AUGAGUGACAGCGCUCCCGGGCCCGACCCUAUUCGUGCCAUAUACGGUUUUGUUCUCUACUUGGGAACGCUGAUUUUCUUCGGACUCUACCUCUUGUGGGCUUUUCUUCCCGACAAGUGGCUUCAUGCGUUCGGACUGACCUACCUGCCCGCCAGACAUUGGGUUCUUACCGCGCCUGUCUACUCUUGUGUUCUACUGCUGUUUGUUAUUGUUGCCUAUGUUGCGUACAACUUGACUAGAGUGCCUAGCUUAGACUCGUGGACGACAAUGAGAGAUGAAUAUUCACUCAGUCUCUCACCGGCGGUGAAUAGUAAUGAGUCAGGAGUGUGUGAAAGCGGCAUACCACCGGUUGCUGACAUUCCCAUACAGUUGGUCAAUAGAACACUUCACGACGUAGCGAGACAAGCACAAGAGUAGAUUUUUACGUACAUUAUGAUGCUAACACUGACGAGAGAUACUCAAACGUGUAAACGGCGUAGAAUUCUAACAUUUAAUACUACGCAUGCGCCUGAGUAA